CUCUGCCAGUGGAGAGAGGGAGGAUUCUGUCACGAUCGUGAUGGCAAGACUUGGGUAGUGUCAGAUCCCUACGUGCAAGUCGGAACCGGGUGAAGGGUGAGGGGCAACCUACCUAUGUGGCGCAAUGGACGACGAGGAACAAGUACGGAGUCUCAUAUUUACAUCUGGAAAAACAUGAAUUUUUGGAUGGUUAUAUUAACUGCCUAUUAAAUCGAGCGACAUUCACAGUAAUGGGCAAUAUUUACUUCAAUCCGAUUAGUAUAAAAUAGCCAAGCUCUUUAAUUCGCGAUAGCUUCUAGCUACCCUUCCUCAUAGAUCAAUGGCUCAUUGGGUUCGGCAUCCUAAAGAUUCUCAUCCUAAUUACCAACCGGUAUCGUAAGAUCACAGGAAGCGGACCAGCCGGGAAGCACAAAUAGCUAUUUGCUUGCAGGCAGAACGCCGGACCGAAACUAUUCAGACGGAGCUAUUACGAUAUCACGAUGCCCUCGUCCACGAUGCCCUUGCCCACGAUCGACGAAGCUCCCGUCGGAGAGCAGUCCGAGAAAAACGCUAACGAACUUAACCAAAAGGUUACCGGAUCCCGAGAGUCGUAUGAGAAACCGGUUAACGGCGCCCAUAAACGAAUGAAGUUUAUCGUUAAGAACCUUCAACGGCAACAUACCGACAUCCUACAUAAGAUAAAGGAACGCUUUAAAAAGCUGACCGCCCUUAUCAAAUGUCGGCAGGGUAAUCAAUCUAAUCCAUCAAACCCAUCGAAUGCAGCAAGUCCGCCGAGUCCCUCGCCGCCAGCGGGAUGCGCGAUACCCGCGGUUAACGAACGCAACAGCAACGGCGAGGAUAGAGCUAAAGCCACUAACGACGCUCGACACCUCGUUGCUGACGACGCUCAAUGCAAAGCCCGUCCGACAACCGAGCCAGCCUGUCCUAAGGCCUACUCGGGAGCGGGACCUGAACCAUAUACCCCCACGGGCCCAGAAUGCCUCCCAAACGGGAAGAUCGACUUCCAUCGGGCAAAAAACCCUGGUCCCGGUUCGGCCGAGAUCCAGCAAGAAGCUCCUCACAUUUUUCACAGCCCACUGACAGAAUUCGCGACGCUGUUACCCAUCGUUGGCGAAAGCCUUGUUAACUUUAUGCGCCGCAUACGCGAAGCUUACUACCGACUGUCGUCCCAGGAUCGCGAGAGUAGGUUGAUCCGCGAGUUGUUACUGAACCACUUCAAGAACUACGCUCCCAGCGUGUGGUUGUCUUUAGUUGAUCACAUCCACCAGUGGAACACAGACCAGGUCGUUGAGAAGGCAGUGUGCCGCGCUGAAGUGAUUACGCACAUAGCGGUGGAACGCAAGAUUUACAGCACGCCCACGAUCACCACACAGCUGCGGGGCACAGCUGCCCCGUUUUAUAUUAUGAAGAUUGCCGAAGCGACAGCUUUAAGACCGGGAUCACCUUACGUCAGGCUCCUUGACGCUACUGACGCCGUCGUUCAAGCAGCAAAGCUACCUGAGAUUUUAGGUUCGCGGUGCGACGAUGGUUAAGCGCCGUGAGGAGCAGGGCUACGCCACGAAAGCAGCUAACGACGGCGACGGCGACGGCGGUGACAACGACGACGACGAGUGCUUCUACCUACGGGAUCGAAGCCGAAGCCAACCUGGGAAAAUUCGAUUACCCAGCGAAUUCAACGGCUGCGAGUGAAGCUAGGUAUCGUAAACAUACCUACCAAGAAUCAGGGAGAUCGACGAAGAUCACGAGGAUCACGAGGAUCGAGGACGAUCCUCAGAAAGGAGAGGAGGCAUAUGGACCCCAGCUACCUUAUCGGUUACCCUAUGAACUGUUCCAUUGAAUGGAGCUGAUAUUCACCGUAAUCGGC